AUGGCUCCAACAACCACAGACGAUACAACAACUUCACAGGCUCCAGCAAUAGAAACUACAACUUCACAAGCUUCAACUACCACACAGUUUUCAACACCAACAGAGACAAUUAUAAGUACAGAACUAAAAACAACAGAACUAACAACCUCUACAUCUACAACUACCCUAGAGCCUCCGCCAUUAAUAGGGCCUCCAAAAGCAAAUAUGACUUUUACACUACCUGACAUGGAAUUUAGCAGUAAUCUCACUAACAGCAGCUCAGAGGAAUUCCAGAAGCUACAGAGCGAAAUAGAGCUAGCUAUCCAGAAUAUCCUACAGCAAAAGUUUGGGAAUUUGAAUGUCUCUGUGAUCUCAUUCAGACCUGGAUCGGUGAUCGCCGUCUUAGAAAUCAUCUUUCCCAAUGGCACUGUGGUGAACAUUACAGAUAUACAAGCCUUGUUUGAUGAAGUAAGGAGGACUGGCAUGCUCGGAAACCUGACAGUGGAUCCUUUCAGCAUUACCUUUAAUGGUUCAACUGUAUUUUUUCUACCAACAACCACUCAGCCCUCUCAGUCUAUGACAUCUGUCACAACAACAUCUGAAGUUCCUACCACUCCAAGCAUUACCAUACCUGAAGCCACCACUACCCCAAGUGCCACCACAAUACCUGGAGUUACCACUGCAACAUCUGAAGUUACCCCCACAACAAAUGAAGUCACUACUACAACAUUUGAAGUUACAACCACACCAAAUAACAUCACAACUCCUGGAGUUGAAACUACACCUAGUGUCGCUACAACACCUGAGGUCACCACUACACCAAGUACCACCACAACACCAUUGAUGACCACUACACCUGUGGCCACCCCUACAGCAGGUGCCACCACAACUAUUUUGGUCACCACUACACCUGUGAUUUCCACCGCACCAGAUGCCACCACAAGUACUUUGGUCACCACUGUACCUCUGGUCAGCACUACAGCAGGUGCCACCACAACACCAUUGGUGACAACUACACCUGUGGUCACCACUACACCGGCUGCCACCACAACUACUUUGUUCACCACCACACCUACAACUUCACAGGCUGAAACAACCAUUGAAUCUACAACAUCACUGUCUGCAACAACCUCAGAAGCUACAACAACAGAAAUUACAACUCCUCAAGCUUCAACUACAACACAGUCUUCAACAACAGAGACAAUGACAACCACAGAAUCUAAAACAACUUCACAGCCUACAACAAUGACAGAGAUAAUGACAACCACAGAACCUACAACAAAUUUACAAGCUUCAACAACCACAGAAGCUACAACACCUUUACAGGGUAAAACCACAGAAUCUAUUACAACUUCACAGGCUCCAGCCACCACAGAACCUACAACAAUUUCACAGGCUACAACAAACACAGAAUCAACUACAAUGUCACAGUCUCCAACAACCUCAGAAGCAACAGCAACUUCACAGGCUGAAACAACGAUGGAAUUUACAAUAACUUCACUGGCUCCAACUACAAUACAAGCUACAACAGCUUCACAGUCUCCAACAACCACAGAAGCUACAACAUCUUCCCAGGCUGAAACACCUAUAGAAUCUUCAAUAACUUCACAGACUACAACAAUGACAGAAUCUUCAACAACUUCACAGGCUGAAACAACCACACAAGCUACAACACCUUCACAGACUUCAAUAACCACUAAUGCUACAACUUCACAGGCUCCAACAACCACAGAAUCGACAGCAACUUCCCAGGCUGAAACACCCAUAGAAUCUACAAUAAUUUCACAGACUACAACAAUUAUAGAAUCUACAAUAACUUCACAGGCUGAAACAACCACAGCAUCUACAACAACAUCACAGGCCCCAACAAUUACAGAAGCUACAACAACUUCACAGAAUAAACCAACCACAGAAGAUACAACACCUUCACAGGCUCCAGCAAUAGAAACUACAACUUCACAAGCUUCAACUACCACACAGUUUUCAACACCAACAGAGACAAUUAUAAGUACAGAACUUACAACAACAGAACUAACAACCUCUACAUCUACAACUACCCUAGAGCCUCAGCCAAUAUCAGGGACUCUAAAAGCAAAUAUGACUUUUACACUACCUGACAUGGAAUUUAGCAGUAAUCUCACUAACAGCAGCUCAGAGGAAUUCCAGAAGCUACAGAGCGAAAUAGAGCUAGCUAUCCAGAAUAUCCUACAGCAAAAGUUUGGGAAUUUGAAUGUCUCUGUAAUCUCAUUCAGACCUGGAUCGGUGAUCGCCGUCUUAGAAAUCAUCUUUCCCAAUGGCACAGUGGUGAACAUUACAGAUAUACAAGCCUUGUUUGAUGAAGUAAGGAGGACUGGCAUGCUCGGAAACCUGACAGUGGAUGCUUUCAGCAUUACCUUUAAUGGUUCAACUGUAUUUUUUCUACCAACAACCACUCAGCCCUCUCAGUCUAUGACAUCUGUCACAACAACAUCUGAAGUUCCUACCACUCCAAGCAUUACUAUUCCUGAAGCCACCACUACCCCAAGUGCCACCACAACACCUGGAGUUACCACUGCAACAUCUGAAGUUACCCCCACAACAAAUGAAGUCACUACUACAACAUUUGAAGUUACAACCACACCAAAUAACAUCACAACUCCUGGAGUUGAAACUACACCUAGUGUCGCUACAACACCUGAGGUUACCACUACACCAAGUACCACCACAACACCAUUGAUGACCACUACACCUGUGGCCACCCCUACAGCAGGUGCCACCACAACUAUUUUGGUCACCACUACACCUUUGAUUUCCACCGCACCAGAUGCCACCACAAGUACUUUGGUCACCACUGUACCUCUGGUCACCACUACAGCAGGUGCCACCACAACACCAAUGGUGACAACUACACCUGUGUUCACCACUACACCGGCUGCCACCACAACUACUUUGUUCACCACCACACCUACAACUUCACAGGCGGAAACAACCAUUGAAUCUACAACAUCACUGUCUGCAACAACCUCAGAAGCUACAACAACAGAAAUUACAACUCCUCAAGCUUCAACUACAACACAGUCUUCAACAACAGAGACAAUGACAACCACAGAAUCUAAAACAACUUCACAGCCUACAACAAUGACAGAGAUAAUGACAACCACAGAACCUACAACAAAUUUACAAGCUUCAACAACCACAGAAGCUACAACACCUUUACUGGCUAAAACCACAGAAUCUAUUACAACUUCACAGGCUCCAGCCACCACAGAACCUACAACAAUUUCACAGGCUACAACAAACACAGAAUCAACUACAAUGUCACAGUCUCCAACAACCUCAGAAGCAACAGCAACUUCACAGGCUGAAACAACGAUAGAAUUUACAAUAACUUCACUGGCUCCAACUACAAUACAAGCUACAACAGCUUCACAGUCUCCAACAACCACAGAAGCUACAACACCUUCCCAGGCUGAAACACCUAUAGAAUCUUCAAUAACUUCACGGACUACAACAAUGACAGAAUCUUCAACACCUUCACAGACUUCAAUAACCACUAAUGCUACAACUUUACAGGUUCCAACAACCACAGAAUCUACAAUAACUUCACAGUCUCCAACAACGACAGAAGAUAUAACAACUUCACAGUCUGCAACAACCACAGAAUCGACAUCAACUUCCCAGGCUGAAACACCCAUAGAAUCUACAAUAAUUUCACAGACUACAACAAUGAUAGAAUCUACAAUAACUUCACAGGCUCAAACAACCACAGCAUCUACAACAACAUCACAGGCCCCAACAUCCACAGAAGAUACAACACCUUCACAGGCUCCAGCAAUAGAAACUACAACUUCACAAGCUUCAACUACCACACAGUUUUCAACACCAACAGAGACAAUUAUAAGUACAGAACUAAAAACAACAGAACUAACAACCUCUACAUCUACAACUACCCUAGAGCCUCAGCCAAUAUCAGGGCCUCCAAAAGCAAAUAUGACUUUUACACUACCUGACAUGGAAUUUAGCAGUAAUCUCACUAACAGCAGCUCAGAGGAAUUCCAGAAACUACAGAGCGAAUUAGAGCUAGCUAUCCAGAAUAUCUUACAGCAAAAGUUUGGGAAUUUGAAUGUCUCUGUGAUCUCAUUCAGACCUGGAUCGGUGAACGUCGUCUUAGAAAUCAUCUUUCCCAAUGGCACUGUGGUGAACAUUACAGAUAUACAAGCCUUGUUUGAUGAAGUAAGGAGGACUGGCAUGCUCGGAAACCUGACAGUGGAUCCUUUCAGCAUUACCUUUAAUGGUACACCUCUUUUUCUACCAACAACCACUCAGCCCUCUCAGUCUAUGACAUCUGUCGUAACAACAUCUGAAGUUCCUACCACUCCAAGCAUUACCAUUCCUGAAGCCACCACUACCCCAAGUGCCACCACAACACCUGGAGUUACCACUGCAACAUCUGAAGUUACCCCCACGACAAAUGAAGUCACUACUACAACAUUUGAAGAUACAACAUUGGUGACCACUACACCUGUGGUCACCACAACACCAGAUGCCACCACAAGUACUUUUGUCACCACUGUACCUCUGGUCACCACUACAGAAGGUGCCACCACAAAUACUUUGGUCACCUCUACAUCUGUGGUCACCACUACCCCAGGUGCUACCUCAACAACUAUAGUCACCACGCCAACACCUGUGGACACCACUGCAAAUAUGGUCACAACUUCACCAAGUGCCACCACAACAACUUUGGUCAGCACCACACCUGCAGACACCCCUACACCAGGUGCCACCACAGCAGCUGUGGUCACAACACCUUUGGUCAACACUACACCAAGUGCCACUACAACAUCUGUCGUCACCAUUACACCUUUGGUCACUACUACAAGCACUAUCACACCUUCUGAAGCUACAACUGAAGCCACCAUUAUGUCAGAUACCAGGAGUACAACAGGAGGUAGCACCGAGCCUGGAUCAACCAACAUGUCAGGGACAACGGGUGGUAUUGCAGCAGUUGAUGCUGAAGAAUUGGGCUUGCCUGCCUUUGCCAUUGCUUUGAUUGUGAUGACCAGUGUGGCAGUCCUGCUGGUGCCAUUACUCAUUUUCAUGGCCAUCAGACUUGGGUUGUGUUUUCAGGGAGCCGGUGCUAGCAUUCAGGCUACUGCAUAUGAUCUACCCGAGUCUGGUGUGAGGGUCCGAAGUGUUGGGGUGAAAAUGCCAACUUCCAAGAGAGGAUCUUAUCAAGUAAACCACUGAGGUGGCCACAAGAGCAGAGGAAGCAUCCGAAAAGAAAGUAAUUUUACUGUUUACAUAUGACCCAUGGGACACUUAAAAUGAGGACUUAUUCCUGAUGAGGUUUACAAAGCGAACACAAGGACUGCUAAUAAUGCCGUGAGUCAGGACUUUCAGGUGUAUUUAUAUAAGAAACGUGCACUGAAGACCUUCCCAAUGUGAACAGGGACUCUGAAAGGGCAAAUGAAUUCUGUAUAGAAGGACAAGUGCUGCUUAUUGAUGCAGCAUCUCUAUGUGUCAGAGAGAAGGUAAAAACUGUGUAUGAUGUUUACAGUGAGUAAGUAAUCACGCCCGUGCCUUCUUACUCCAUGUGCUGCCUCCACGUGCAGUUCCCAAUGGGACUAUUAAUAUGGAAAUGUUCUAAUUUAUUUUUUCUGAUAUGAUUUUCUUUUUUAUGAUUCAGUUAAUGCAGAUUUGUACAAAUGGAGAAUGCUGUUUAGAUGCUAAAAGAGAGGUUUACAGUAAAUGAUCUUAUUUAUGCUGAUUAAUAAAGAAAUGUU